AUGGCCGACGUCGAGCAAUCGGCCGACUCGAGUCGCCUUACUCAGGGUGACCGACUCUCCGGAAGAUUGGUGGACUCCAACGAGGACGAUAUCGAAAAGCUUGGGAGAAAGCGGCCCGAAGUCUUCAAGAAUGUCUUCACGGAGAUCGGCUUCUGCCUAUCUAUUCUCGCAUCCAACCUUGUCUCUUGUUACCUUGCCAUCUCCCAGGAAUUCCUCAUCAGCGGAAUGAACGUCCUUCUUCCGAGUCUCGUGCGCGAAUUACACAUACCAUCCGAGAGUCAGACAUGGCCGGCCAGCAUAUUCACUCUCGUGGCUGGCGCCUUCCUGCUGCCCUUUGGCCGGCUGUGCGACAUGUAUGGUGCCAGUGUUGUCUUCCUGACGAGUAUCGCUUGGCUGUCCAUUUGGACCCUGGUCGGAGGAUUCAGCCAAAACCUAGCCAUGCUUCUCGUCACCAGGGCUUUUCAAGGGCUGGGAUCCGCCGCGAACCUCCCGGCCGGCCUGGCGCUCCUGAGCAGCAUGUACCGUCCAGGUCCUCGUAAGAACUUUGUCUUCAGCCUGUACGGGGGCUGUGCGCCGUUCGGCUUCUUCGCAGGAAUCCUUGUUGCUGGCCUGAGCGGCCAGGUCAUCCACUGGGGAUGGUUCUUCUGGAUUGUCAGCAUGGCGUUGGCUGUCACAGGCUCCGUAUCAAUCUUUUGCAUACCUCGCGAUAUGCAUGCUCGUCAAGGGUCGAUGGACUGGUGGGGCUGCGCCAGCAGUAUGCCAGGUAUCUUCCUGCUAGUCUACGCCAUCACGGAGAGCUCACAUGUAAGAGGCGGCUGGGGCUCGCCACAGAUCAUCGUGACAUUCGUCCUUGGCGUUCUGUUCUUGGUCGGCUUUGUCUAUGUCGAGAACAAGCGAGCUACACAUCCACUCCUGCCUGCAAGCAUCUUUUCCCCAAAGCACACGGUUGUCCUGUUUUUAUAUUUGUUCCUCGUUUAUGGUUGCUUCGGUAUCUAUCUCUUCUAUGCCAGCUUCUACAUCGAGAUAGUGCUUAACGUGCCUUCCUUCCUCGCUGCCCUUUGGUUUGCCCCUUUGGCCGCUGGAGGGAUCAUUAUCGCUCUGGUAGGGGGUAUGACGCUCCACCGUCUGUCUGGGACGCUAUUGUUACUCCUGUCAGCCAGUGGUUUCCUGGUCUGCGUGCUCCUAUUUGCCGUCAUGCCAGAGAACCCGAGCUACUGGCCGUGGGUGUUCCCAGCCAUGGUGUGCGCCACGCUCGGAAUCGACAUUUCGUACAAUGUCAGCAGCAUAUUCAUUACCACAAAUGUUGCCAAGCACGAGCAGGGUCUCGCCGGUGCAUGUGUUAAUGGUCUCGUAUUCCUAGGCAUUGCUUUUUUCCUCGGGUGGGCGGACUUAGCAGUGGCCAAGACUGCCUAUCUAGGGACCAGAGGCAGCUAUAAGACAGCAUUCUUUCUUGGGACCGGAUGCGCCGGUGUGGCUAUCGUACUGGUUGCAUUGGGUAUCAGGGUGGACAAGGCUAAAAGUGGCUUGACUGUAGAUGAGAAGGCCGACCUGCAUGAUGAGCCCGUUGCCGUCGAUUCUGCCUUGGAGCCUGAUCGUCGGGUGGUGGGACGAAAAUGA